CACUUUGCGACAUUUUCAGAGAAGAAUCAACAAACAGGAAAGGCUUUUAACCGAGAAAAAUAAACGUUCAUAAAAACUCGGCGAACGGAAGUGGUUUUCCACGAGAUUGGUGGCCCAGAGUAUAUCGGCCCUGCAGAAGGGUUCAUUGAAAAAUAAAUAAUAAAAAAAAAAUGAGCUCCCAUGUGGCAGAGACGAAGGAGAGCAAAUAAAACAUAGACGAGAGGGAAGGAGAACGGCUAAUUCGAGUGGUGAAAGAUAAGAAGUCUUCAGUGCGUAUCGGCAAAAGUAGAGGAGCCAGACGUGCGUAAGAAACCACUGAAUCCAGAACAGUUCCACUGAGUGAACCAGUGAUACAUCCAGUGAUACGUCCAGUGAACAAACGGCAAAUGACAAUAGCUAUUUGCUAAUACAGAAAUUCUCAAAUUGCCAACACCCGGUGAAUGUUGAUGGCUAUCGAGUAUUUUCGAUCUGAGGAUUCGAUAUUGGGUCUCUCGAGCACGUUUUCCGGUUUUUCAAUUGAAUUUCUAUUCCUGGAUCGAUGGGGAUUAUAAGUAAUGUGCGUGUGACGUGCGUUUUUAUCGAUUUGCAAUAAGAGAAAAGUGAAUAAGAGAGACUCUGCAUGUGAAUCAGUUGGGCAACACAUGUUGAAGAAAACGGUUGAAAUCGCUGAGUGAUAGGGGGGACUUUUUCGUGGGGUUAUUGAGAAGUUGUGAUGAUGAAUGGCACGGAUGUGACGAUUAUGCAGGAGGGAGGAUUCGAGAGACAAUUUUCAAGACCUCUCACUAUCAUCGCCGCGGUCUGUGCGAUUCUCUUCAGCGUCGUUGGGGUUCUUGGAAACUUGGUAACUGUAAUAGCACUCUUAAAAUUUGCUCGCUUGCGGCGCAAUGCAACAACAGCAUUCGUCAUAAGUCUCAGUAUCUCAGACCUGAUCUUCGCAGCUGUUAAUCUGCCUCUGACAGCGAGCAGAUACUUGCACGAGGCGUGGAUUCUAGGGGACACAUUGUGCCAGAUAUUUCCCGUAUUUUUCUACGGAAAUGUUGCGGUAUCAUUGCUCAGUAUGGUUGCGAUAACAUUAAACAGAUACGUUCUGAUAUCAAAGCCCGACGUUUACCCGAGAAUCUACACAAAUCGAGGAAUAACUUUAAUGCUGAUUGCAAUUUGGGUUGUGAGUUUUUCACUAUUACUUCCUCCACUUACCGGUAUCUGGGGACGACUGGGACACGAUCCUGGAACAUUUUCGUGUACAAUCCUGAAGAAGAAUGGGAAAAGUCCCAAGAAGAUGCUCUUCAUCAUCGGUUUCAUCGUGCCAUGCGUUGUGAUCACAGUAUCAUAUCUCUGCAUCUACUGGAAGGUCAGAGAGAGUCGAAAAAAAUUGGAGGCACACGCAGGGCCACGAAGGAGUACUGGAUUCCAGAAGAGAGAGGACUCGAGAGUCACCAGGCUAAUGCUCACUAUUUUUCUGUGUUUCCUCCUCUGUUUUUUUCCACUAAUGCUCGUUAACGUCAUCGAGUUCAAGGCACCAGUUGUCCAUGUGAUUGGGUCUAUCCUCGCAUGGGCCUCGUCAGUCGUUAAUCCAUUCAUUUACGCUGGGACUAAUAAACUGUACAGAGAGGCUUACAGGCAAAUUCUGUGUCCAAUCACCAGCACCACUAAUGUCCCUGGGGCUAGACCCACUUGCUCCCACUCCAGCAAAGCCUCAGCUCCCCAAAUCCAGUGAUGGAUUUUUAAAUAAUUUUUUC